UGUGCUAGAAUCGCCGAUCAUCUUUUAACAAUUUUAUCGGGAACUUUUUUUUAUCACCACCGGAUAAACGCGGCCGCCGGGCCAACACUAGCGUUCCAAAGACAAUUUUGGAGAAGCAUCACUAGUCUGCAAAAUCCAAUAUCAAACGCCUAUAACAUCGAUUGCAACCAUGCAGCCCACACAAUGUCUGAUGAAACGGAUAACCCGACAUGCUCUGAGCACGAAGAAAGCAAAUAAGGGGUUCUACAAGGGUACUGGAACCGGUUCAACGGGUCGACACACACAGCAUGGAGGGUAUAUAAUCGAAUGGGAUAAAGUCAGAACAUACGUUGUGCCGCCAAAUCUCAAGGAGUGCAAAGUACGAAUUCGCAGAUAUCAAUUUUGAAUAUUUCAGAGAGUGCUGACGAAGGUUUAGCUCACCCCAUUUGUCACAAAAAAGAUUCUGCCGCCGAGAGGAAGAUUCGAAAAUGACCCUAAAGGUGCUUUCAGUGGAGAAGCAUAUCUGCGGAAGUGGAAGGAAAUUUCUGACGGAAUGACAUAAAUGGUUGGUGUGGAAUGUUAUGAGUGCUGGUAUCCUCCUUUUACUAAAAGUUCUCAGGCUUGCAUGGGAAAACGGCGUUGGCAACUGUAUUAAAAAUUGUAUCAAAACGAUAACGAUGAAUAUCAUAUCUCUCGAAUCCAAAAGCUGGAGUGCAGAACGAAGGAGUGGGAAUGUUUACUAUCUUUCGGAACUAAGUUCAUACUGUGAAUUGGACAUAGUCGACAACACCUGCCAAAUGAAAACGAGGGCGGAAAUUUAUCCAUUGAUUGUGAGAACUUUUAGCCCCAAGCCACAGAAGUGAUGAAGUUUCAUGGACAUCUCUCUAGUUAUGAGCUUCACCUGGUUUGGUCUAGGAAAGCCAAACCGGGCAGAAAUUACUGCCUACUUGAGCUGAUCAAGUUAUAAUAAUGUAUGCUAGAGUUUACAAUAAUCUCAAUGGUGCUUUUUACCUGUUGAUGAUACUGGAUGGCCGAAGAGUGGCUCAAGUACUUGAUGUUUCAAUAGCUGCUUUCUACUGGAAUAUUUUUCUUGCCUGGUUAAAGUACAAGCAUGUCAUCAAAUCCAUACCUACCUCAUAAUGUAUCUACACUUGGAUUUCCAUG